AUGGGUAUUACCUGCUUCAAUUGCAAUAAGGAGGGCCAUGUAGCCCUGAAGUGCCCCCUUCCUUGGAAGGACAAAGGCAAGAGUGCAGAAAGGCCACAACUGUUUGUAGUUAAUGUCCAAGAAGAUGCAGAGUGCAAGAAUGCCUGUGAGGAAGGCAAGCCCAACACCUUUGAGAUGUACUCCAAGGAGGACAAGGAGGACAAGCCAGUAGCCUACUUUGGUGCAAUGCACCCUGAAGAUGAACCCUUAGAAGAGGGGUUACCCUCAGAAGACAAUGCUCCCAUGGUAGAGGAUAACCCUCCAGAGUUGGAGGGUAGCUCUGAGGUGAAUACCUCAAGUGAUGGCAUCACUCAGGCACAAUGCUUGAAUCUGAAUGAUGGGAUCAGUCAGACCUAUGCAGUGGUAAUUGAAACACCAUGGGGAAUGGUGUGGGUAAACAGGGAUGGGACUGUGGAGCAUUUGUCCAGUCCCAAGGAAGAUGACAGGGAAGUCUGCAAUGCCUCACUUAGAAUAAGUGAGGACAAUAUGGAUUUGGACCCUGAGUUAGCCAGUUGGCUUGAAAUGAUAGAAGGAUCACCUACAUGUGGGAGAUGGGACUAG